GCAAGGUAUGCGAAGCUCAUUCAUUGUUAGCGCCUCAUUAAUACUCAGUCCACGGGAUUUAUGUCUCAGCAUGAGCUCGAGUGCGCACACUGCCGAAGAGUGCUGAAGUCUGAGAGUCUGACUGAGAUUACACUAUCAAAUGCACUUUUUUAAGCAAGGUGUGAAGCAGUGAGUCAUUCCAUAUCAAACACCUGCACCAGUAUAAAUGAGUUAACGUCACUACAUCCCGGACAAGACCCCCUAUUCAUCCAUAUACAUUCAGCUGGAAUCAUUAGAUGUGGAAAAGAACACCAUGUUCUCAAUCGGCCGAACCUGCCUCAGAGGAAUCUACAGUUGUCAAUGGAACAGUCAAAACAGAAGACAAAAUAGGGCUUGCUGGUGGUUCUCCUUUCUGUCUUUUGUGUCCAUACUUGCCCUGAGUUGGAUGUACGUUUGUUUUAUUGCCUUCAACGACCGCAAUGAUGUAAAUUGGCUUGCCUUCAAAACCUUAAAAAAAUGGGUGAACUGGUACAUGAUAGUGAUGGUCAUUUCUGCUGUGCUGGCCACAUACUGCCUCUUUCUGCUGGUAUUUGGAUUGCUGCAUUUAAUAAUCAGAGAGCCCUUGAAUUUACACUGGCUGCAUAAGGUGUUUCUGUUUUUAGGUCUCUUCACUGUUGCUUUAGGCACAGCUGGAUUUUGUAUAAAAUGGGAAGAGGAGUGGAAAACUGUAUAUAUGUCAUUUCAGGCCACUGCUCCUUUCCUGCAGCUGGGUGCUGUGGUGGCUUUGACCUUGAUCAGCUGGCUGGUGUUCCAGAGUUAUCAUAGAGCAAAAACAGCUGCUUGUAAGGUUUUUAUAAUGAUGACCUUCCUGGUAGUGUCUGCUGCUGUGUUCCUCUGUCCCCUUGCAAUCUGCUCUCCAUGCAUUACUAAUAAUCUUCCCCCAAAACCGGCCCUCGUCGGACACCGCGGUGCUCCGAUGAUGGCUCCAGAGAACACCGUGAUGUCAUUCAGGAAGAGUAUGGAGUGUGAUGUGGUGGCAUUUGAAACAGAUGUGCAACUCGGCAAGGACAUGAAGCCUUUUCUUAUGCAUGACAAUGGUUCAAGCUUUUUGCUGCGAACAACUGAUGUGAAGGAUAAGUUUUUAGGUCGAGAUGGUGACAUGAACACUAACUUCACAUUGCAAGAGUUACAGACUUUAAAUGCAGGCGAAUGGUUUGUAAGGACCGAUCCAUUUCAGUCAGUGUCAUCGCUCUCAAAGGAAGAGAAGAUGGAGGCUAACAACCAGACAGUACCAUCUCUUUCUGAGCUCUUAGUCAUAGCCAAAAAGCAUAACGUCUCCCUCAUAUUUGACCUAAAAAACGAGAAAAACUCAACAGGAUUCCACAACAGCGAUUCUUACUACAUCACUGAAACGAUCAAAAAAUCAGGCAUCUCACCAGACAAGAUAUGGUGGCUUCCUCCAGAAUAUAGACAUGACGUGAGAAACAUUGCACCAGGGUUCAAGCAGGUGUAUCAUAAUGAACAAGACAUGAAAGCGGAUGGUGGAAGCUUUCUGAAUAUGAAAUACAGUUCACUGAAUGCUCGCGAAAUAAGUGAGCUGCGGGGAAAAAACGUGUCCGUGAAUCUGUGGGUUGUAAAUGAGCGCUGGCUCUUCUCAUUACUGUGGUGCUCCGGGGCCAGUUCAGUGACCACCAAUGCUUGUCACAUCCUCAAAAACAUGUCUAAGCCUGACUGGCAUCUGGAGCCUAAUAUCUACAUGGGAAUAUGGAUCUCGGUUGACGUGAUAUCGUGGUUGUUGAUGUUUGGCCUGUUUCUCUGGCAAAGCAGGAGGAGGAACCAUGUUUUUCGUCAGAAUACAAGCGAGAGAAGUGUCCCCCUGCUUCCUCGCUGAAUGAUACCAUCCCUGACAUGACAGGGCGAUUCCUUGGUUCACUUUUUGAAGGAUUGUAUGUGGGCAUUGUCAGAAAACCACACCAUGUUAAAUGUUAUGCUGUAAAUUCACAUAAUAUUUGUGCUUUUAAUGUAGACUGCAUAUACAAGACAUUGUUUGAUUUGAGAAUUUAUAUAUUUCCUCAUUAGUGCAGCAUAUUGUGCAGUGCUGCCACCUCUUGUCAGAGUUAGGUCAGGAGAACUGACACUUUUCUUAAAUGACAAGACAUUUUACAAGGGUUGUUUACUUUUGUGAAAAAUUUUAGACCUGUCCCAAACAUAAACAGUGUUCAGUGUCAAUAGCAGGAAAAGUGUUUUGCAAUAUGAGCAUGAUAAGUGUAGUCAAAGACACCUAGUGUUUUAAAUGAACAAAAUUUGUAUAUAGAUAUGUAAAUAUUUUUAAUUGCUAUUUUUUUUGGCAAAUGGGCAUUCAAGACAAAAUUCAGAAAAGAGGUGGUUUAAGUAUAACUGUGUUGUGUGUUCAUUUAAAAAAAGUAUGGGAGAUCAAGGUUGGCUGGACAAGAUCUGGCUGGUACAGGGUUCAUUUUGGGGUCGUAAUAUUUUGGUGUUGCCACAAAACUGAAUGUUUGCCCUUUUGGCUCACAUUGGUUCUAUAAAGACAUCUAUAAAAAUUACUUUAUAAAUAUUAGUUAUGGGAGACAUUUUUCAUUUGUUGUACAGUUUGGAUACCUGUGAUUAAUUAUGCUUUCCAGGUGACAUCAUUUAUUGCUAAUAUAAUGAUUCAUGAUAUAUUAUUAAUUUUCACAACUUUUACAAUCUUUUAAAUAACCAAUAGGGAAACUUUAGAAGAUGUUUUGCUCCUCAAAGUGCCUGUUUAUACCUUUUAUGCCAUCCAAAUAUGUAAUAUUUCAAGAAUCAGUCACUGAUUCCCCAUAUUGAACACCCCAUAUUGACUGAACAAUAACUUUGUUUGAGCGAUUAACAAGUUAUUUUUAUUGAUAUAUUGCAGUCCUAAAUACGUGGGUGGCAUAACCGGUAUAAACGGGGGCAAAAGCAACAUCUAAAAUCUCCCUAUUGAUUAUUUACAAGAUUGUAAUAGUUAAAUAAAAUUAAUGAUAUAUCAUACAUUUUUAUUUAAUCAUAAAAACACUAUCUGGCAAAUUUGGGUUAAGUGGUGUUAGUUUGGUUUAAAAUAAACGUUUACAUCUGUUCAGUUUGUUGCAUCCCUUUAUAAAUUGUGCCAACCAACCACACAACCUCAGCCACAAGUGCACAAUAUAACUUUUUUAUUUUUAAUUUUAUUUUUAUAAGCAAAUAUUUUGUGAUACUGAAUGUGAGAUUUUCAUCAAGGGAAAAAAAAUCGACCAGUCAACCCUGCCCUUGCUUUUUAAUGUGAAUUCCUUGUAUAAAAAUGGUAAAAGCUGUUGUUGUUUCAAAAUCUAUAUGUUUGCACGAUGUAAAUGUAAUAAAGCAAAAG